AUGAGUUCGUUUCUGAUGGGAUACCCGCAUCAUCACAUUCAAUCUAUGGGCAUUAAUAUCGAACCCAAGUUUCCUCCCAGCGAGGAUUACGGCGGCUUCCACAACGGAUACGGUACCGUCAGUGGGAUCACGCAGCCAGUGAAUCCUGACUACUUGCACCAUUCGCAGCCGGAUUCCCUACAUCAUGCCAGUGCGACAGGUGUGCUUAAUGUGGCCAGUGGAAAUAGCGUAGGAUCGAACGGGCUGCUCGGAAGCAGCGGCGGCGGUGGCGUUGGUACGACGGGUUACAGCGGAUAUUCGACAUCCCUCGCUGGCCACUAUUACCAUCACCCGCACCACCAUCAUCACCAUCAUCACGCGCAUCACCCACACAACGGCUACGUGUCUCCGGUGCAAAUGCAACCUGCACCCGCGGCCACUAUCGCCCCACCCACCGUCCUGCCGACCACCGCGGCGAAUUCCAUUCCUAAUCACGAUUACUCCUCGAAUGUAACCUCUGGAUAUUAUGGAGGGUAUUACGGGGAGCCUGGGCAAGGACAUCAAUCCAUGAUGGAUACCCCGCUUCAAUGUCCCAGUACAGAAGUGGCCAACACUGCACUGGGCCUACAAGAGCUCGGAAUGAAAUUGGAUAGGCGAAUAGAAGAGGCAGCUCCAGCCGGUCAGCAGCUGCAAGAGCUGGGUAUGAGGCUGCGUUGCGACGAUGCCAGUUCCGAUCAGGACGAAUUUCUCGACGAGGAGCGCAUGAUGCUCGAUCGGUCACCGGACGAGCUGGACUCCAACGAAGGUGAUCUAGACGAGCUGGACUCGGAUAACGAUCUUGUGGAUGACCUGAUGCAGGCAACAAGUGACGGUGAGCGCAUCAUUUAUCCUUGGAUGAAGAAAAUCCACGUUGCCGGUGUCGCUAAUGGGUCGUAUCAACCGGGCAUGGAGCCAAAGCGGCAACGAACGGCUUACACUCGUCAUCAAAUCCUAGAACUGGAGAAGGAGUUUCACUACAAUCGCUACCUAACACGACGCCGGCGGAUAGAGAUCGCGCAUACAUUAGUGCUGUCGGAGCGCCAGAUCAAAAUUUGGUUUCAAAAUCGCCGCAUGAAGUGGAAGAAAGACAAUAAACUACCAAACACCAAAAACGUUCGGAAAAAAAACGCUGACCAGGGUAAAAGCGGAGGAUCCAACAACAACAGUCAAGCGGGCAGUGCAGGAAGCGGGGCCGCGAAAAAAUCGCGGAAAACGACCGGCGGGGCGACGAUAAAUGGCAAAACCAAACAGCAGCAACAGCAGCAACAAAACCUACAGAAUGAAUGCCUUCGAACGGACAGUCUAGAGAGUAUCAGUGAUGUACACGGUAAUGCAAUGCCCGCUGCUAACAAUGGAUCGACUCCAUACAUGGCUUCGUCCGACGUUUCCGGAAUGUUACCGUUAACGAAUGGAUCAAGCGCAACGUCCAAUGGGUCCAGUCACGGCCAUGAUCUUCUGUCUCAGCACCAGCACCAACAGCAGCAGCAGCAUCAUCACCACCACCAGCCGCAACCAGGGCAGCAUUCUCACCAAACCCAUUUAAAUAGUCAAACUUCCAACAACAACAAUAACAGCAAUGCCACCAAUAACAUGAACAGUGCCCUCAGCACGCAACAUUCGAUCAGCAUAAAAAACGACUACGAUCUGACCGCGCUGUAG